GGAAACUGGUUUAUUUUAAUUACGCUCUCCAGCUGGGAGUUGGUCGCAGAGGACACCUUUGCAUGCAGAAGGUCCGGGGUUCAAAUUCCGCCGCCUCCAGGUAAGGCUGGGAGCGGGCUCUUCUUCCCUCCCCCGCCAGCUGUAUUGGGGAGCGGCUGCCGGUCAGUGCAGACGGUGCUGAGCUGGGCGGACCUAACGGUGCAUCUCCCUAGGAGGCGGCUUCCUGCGCGCUCCUUGGGAAGGGGGUUGAGGUUCAGUGGUGAGAGCAUCUGCACUGCAUGCAGAAGGUUUCAGGGUUGAUCCCCGGCGUCUCCUGAUAAGGCAGGGCUUCGAUCUGUAGAGCCGCUGCCAGCCAGUGUAGGCACUAUUGAACUAAAUGGACUCAAUUGUGGGCUUGGGAAGUCCGUGGAAGGAACAGGGACGGGGUGAGUGGGAGUGCAGAAGCGGGAGGUACCUGGCUGGCAAGGAAGGAGGAGGCAAAGGAGCGGGUGUCAUAACAGUUGGUUUCGUAAUAAGUUUCCAAAGGAGUAGCUGUGCUAUAGUUUAGUCCAGGGCGUAUAUUGCUAGACUUCAACUCCCAUCAUUCCCAUGCUGGCCAUGGCGGAUGAGGGUCAUCUAGUUCAACCCCUUGCAAUGCCGGAAUCUUUUGCCCUAGUGCGCAUAGCCAAAAACAUUUUGGGUUCAAUAGGAUUGCCAACGUCUUUUUUUCCUGGACGCCUGCCUCUUUCUACCCCUUUUACAAAUAAAAAUAAAAUUGCCAAGUUUGUAAAGCUGAAUUUGCACCAGUUAAAUGUGGGCUUCCUGCAGCAGAUCCAAUUUCGUAUGGCUGCCAUUUGUAAAUAGUUAUACUGUAGUACAGUUGUAAGUUAAUGUUGUUUUUUUAAAAUUGUUUUUAUUGAGAAUUUCAACAUAACAAAUUAUCAAAACAUAUCUUCUUUUCAUUCCCCCCAUUUUCCCCUCCCCCCUCCCCAAAAAGGAACCCUCCCUCCCUCCCCCCCAGACUUCCCUCAGUUCCUCUCUCUGAUUUUUCAACACAUAUUAUUCUCUGCAUAUUAUCAAAUUAUCAUGAUCCUUAAAUCAUCUGUCUAUUAUGUUAACAAUCAAUAAAUUUGUGUGUGUUUAUUCAAAGUAAGUUAAUGUUGUUAUAAUGUAAUAAUAAUGGGGAACACUUGGCCGAAGGUCAAAGGAAAAUGGAAAAGCCUCCCCAUUGUCUUUUCGUUCACAAAUCCUGUCUUAAGGGUAUGUCUGUGUAUGAAUAGGGUGAGUCUGUGACCUGGCUCAGGAACUAAGUAUUUAUCAUUGCAAAAGACUGGCCAGGCUCCCCAGGUAAUCCAAUCAAGUGACCAUUAACAGGUAAUCUGCCAGACAGGACAUAAACAACGCACUCAGAUUUCUGUUGUAGACCGCCUUUUCUGUGAUGUAUGUAUGAUGUUUCUGGGGGUGGUCUUGGACUGCAGGGCAGGCAAUUUAAAAUGUCUAUAUAAGGGCAAGCACACCUUUGUUCUGGGUCCUCCUCCGUCCUUCUGUAUGUGAGGGGAGCACCCUGUUGCAACAGCUUUAAUAAAGAUCAGACUUACUAGCUGCUUUGCUUCUCAAUAUUCUUUGAUUGGCUUCUGUUAUUUUCUCCUACCGAUAGGGAACCCACUUAAGGACUCUAUAUGGGCUCUUGGAUACCCCAUAAGGGAAGAAGGGCAGAUCUUGUUUACAACAUCUCUCAUUUCUGUUUUUUCCCUCACAGGAGAAGUGCCUUGGCUUGUGGCAGCCUCAGCCGCUGUUGCGCCUAACCCCAUUCCCCUCUUAUUUGACCUAGAGACUGCGAAAGAGUGGCUGGCGAGGAAAUGGACGUCGCACCGCCUGUGUGGGAAAGGGUGGCAGGAGCAAGAAAUGCCCCCAGCCCUAGAGGACAAAACCGGAGAUCCGGAGAACAGAUUAAGCAGGAACCAGAGGACAGGCUGCACCGGCACUGGGAUGCCCAGUUGCAGGAGUUCCUGAGGACCCUGGAGUCUCCCCACUCUGGCUGGGGGGUCCCCCAGUUGCCGGAGGAGCCCACCCCCUGGGACGACGCCAAGGGCUUCCUGGCCUCCUUCGAGCAAGUGGCCGAAGCCUGCCAGUGGCCCAAGGUGGAGUGGGUGGCCCGACUCCUGCCGGCCCUCAGCGGGGAAGCCGAGCGAGCCGUUAGCCGGCUGGAGGGUCGGGACAGAGAGGAUUAUGGGAAAGUGAAGGCGGCCAUCUUGCAAUGGGACAGCUUCCGGAGAGAGACUCGGCGCCAGCGCUUCAGGCGCUUCUGCUACCAGGAGGCCGAGGGGCCGAGAGGGGCUCACCGCCGGCUGCUGGAGCUUUGCGACGGGUGGCUAAGGGUCGAGAAGCACACCAAGGAGCAGAUCCUGGAGCUGCUGCUUCUCGAACAGCUCCUGACCGUCCUGCCGGCGGAGGUGCAGGACUGGGUCAAGGAACGGAGCCCAGAGACCUGCUCCCAGGCGGUGGCCCUGGCUGAGGAUUACCUGCAGAGGCAGCCAGAGGCCGCGAGGCAGCGACCACAGGUGAGAGGGAUCCUGAGCAGCCUGGGAUCAGGGCAGGGCAGAUUUUCACCUGUCCUGAUGUAGAAGGGAAGAGGUCCAGAUGGCAUUCUGUGGUGGGACAUUUUCCCUAUCCCUAUCUAGGCAGAAUAAUAGCUUUUGCUGGGUUUCAGGAGCGGCGGCCAAAGGCAGGGGACUGUCUUAGGUGUCGACAGUUGCCGUCCAGCCGUUUUGGAUGGCUUCAGCGGGAUUUCAAAGGGCUUUAGAAGCGCCUCAAAGGAAGAGAGGAUGUUUAAAAUGCCGUCCGGCGACUCCCGGAGUCCUUAUCUGGCUGGGAUAUAAGCUUGUUUUCUGGGAUAUAAGCUUGUUUUCCCCUUAUUAUUUUUUUAAAACUCCUACUCACUCUUCUGAGACGCACAGGAGACUUGUUUCAGGCGCCAUCUUCUUACCGGAAGUCCCCCUAUCCAUUUCUGAAAAUGUAUUUUUCCACAAAGAGGGUGGCAGAGAGAAGGGUGUGGUAGAAAAAAUGGGCAUCAGAACAUUUUCCAGGGAACCACGUUGCUGUUUUUUUCCUUAAGAUUCCCAGGUUCUGAAACAAAUCUCAUGAAAUCAUCAAUGUAAAUAUCCAUGAGUUCAUAAGGUGUCGUCUGAAGCAUUAUAUGUUAUAGGGUUGCCAUGUUUCAAAAACUUUUGGUAAAGUUCUUGAGCUUUAUUUUUCUUUUUCCUUUUUGGCCAAAGCUGAGCUAUUUUUAAGAAAAUUCUAGACUUGGGUUGCCCUAUGUCUGGAUUUUUGCGGACCUUUCAACAAUUUGCGCCCGGACACUGCUUCCGAUUGCAGUAUUCUGGCUAUGUCCUGGAAAUUCCGGAUGUAUGGCAACCCUAGCAUAUUGGAAUGGGGGGAUUGAUGUUGUGUACAUUUAAUGUAUGCAUAUAUCAGUUUUUGAAGCGCCUUGCAAAAUCCGAAGCUUGCUGUAAUUGCUCCAAUCAUCACCUUUCACUAUUCUCGUGCAUGGCUGCACGUCCUUCACAUACAGUGGUACCUCAGGUUACAUGCGCUUCAGGUUACAGACUCCGCUAACUCAGAAAUAUUACCUCCGGUUAAGUACUUUGCUUCAGGAUAAGAACAGAAAUCGUGCUCCGGCGGCGUGGCAGCAGCAGGAGGCUCCAUUAGCUAAAGUGGUGCUUCAGGUUAAGAACAGUUUCAGGUUAAGUACGGACCUCCAGAACGAAUUAAGUACUUAACCUGAGGUACCACUGUACGUUGAUUUGUCCCUUUCUGAUUCUUGCACCUCAACCUUAUUUUUCAACAUGAUGUAUUUGUUACUCCAAUAAGUAAGCGCUUCGGUUUCCGUGGCUCUGAGCUGCCAUUGGAGACAUGCACAGGAGUCAUCCUCUGUCUCAUCUUGUUUCUCCGCCCUAAAAAGAUAUUGUGGCGAUCACACAGGGUCCCCGGACGUUUCACCGUCUAUUGAUCCCUGUGCCACCACUUUAUUUCUCUCUGCCACCACCCAGGCCCUACCUGGUACAAUACUGAGUCCAGUCAGGGUUAAAUUGGAACAUAAACUUCUGUUUAUUUAUUGCGGUUUAACAAGCGUGUGGUUUCAUAAACGGUAUCGGUCAAUUGCAAUCAUGGGGUGCCUAUCCAGACCUAUAACUUCUGCUACCUGCUCUCACUCACUAAACCACCUCUCAGAUAUUUACUUGUCUUCCUAGCUCCUAACUGUUCCUGACUCAGCUUAGUUCACUAUACUAACUCAACCUACCCACAGACUCUAUCCCAAUUCACUCCCACUCCAACCAAUCACCCAACUCCCAACAAACUCCUCCCUUCGCCCCUCCCAGAGCUGGUUUUAUAGUCCCUCUGACUCCACCCCCUGGGUUCUGAUUGGGUAACCUGUUUAACUAUUUCACCUCCAGCACUCUCAUAUGUUAACGUCACAUAUAUCCUUGGUGCAAUUUCAGGGGCUGAAUCCACCGGAAGAAGAGGCGGUGGCAACAGAGUCCUCUGAGGCGGAACAGACUUUGUCUGACCUCGGGUGGAAUGUGUUUGGCCAGCGGGCCAAAGAGGAGCAAGUCAGCAGGGAUGCUGAGCUGUUGGGUAAGGUUGCUUGUGGGUUUAGAUUUUGGGCUUGUGGAGGUUUGUGGUUUGGCUUCAGCUAUGGCUGCAUUCACACACAGACACACACACACACACACACACACACACCCCGGAGCUGCUACAUUUACAUUACAGGAAUUUGAAGACUCUUAAAUACCGUAUUUUUCCGUGUAUAAGACGCCCCAUAUUUUUAGGGACUCCAAGUUAAGAGAAGGGGGGGGGAUUGCCCUGUGUAUAAGACGACCCACAGUUUCCCACAUAACUUUGAAGUAAAAAAAACCUAGUCUUGUACACGGAAAAGUACGGUAUCUCCUGGAAGUCACAUUCGUAGUUUCUUGAGAAAGGUGAAGAUUAGACAGUGGAAGCAUUUUAAAAGAGCUGUAUUUAAUAAACAUUGCUCCUUGUCCAAAGAGGUCCAGGAAAAGUUGGGCUCCUAUUAUAAAGUACAGUGGUGCCUUGGUUCUUGAACUUAAUCCGUUCCGGGAGUCCAUUUGACUCGGGAAAUGGUUCAAAAACCAAAGCAGGGCUUCCAAUUGGCUGCAGGAGCUUCCUGCACUCAAGCGGAAGCCGCGUCGGACGUUUGGCUUCUGAAAAACGUUCACAAACCGAAACACUCACUUCCAGUUUUGCGGCAUUCGGGAGCCAAUUUGUUCGACAACUAAGCCGUUUGGGAACCAAGGUACCACUGUAUAACAAAGUAUUAUUCUAUAAUAUAUAUAAUAAACGCUCUCAGAACAGUGAUCUGAAACUGAGGAGCCACCACCGUGAAGACACCGACCCUGCUGGCCUCACCCCAGAGGGAGGAGACAUGCAGAGAUGGCCUUCUGCUGAAGAUCUUUAAUCCACCCUAAGAGUCAUGACAGCAUAAAUAGAAGCUGAAAUAAAAAUGUAAUAACGUCAAAUCAGCAUUUCUACUCCCAUUUUCGGAUCGCGUUUGUUAUUUUUUAUAUGCAUUUUUUUAAAAUGAACCGCUUCUAAAUAUUUUAACUUUUUAUGGACAAUGUUAACGUUUCUUGUAGACCUCUUAGAAUAAAUUGAAAUAGGCGCCAGACAAGCCUCUGUGGGGAGGGAAUCUCAGGAACUGCCACAGACCCCUGUCACAAACAUCUUAGGGACGUCAAACAACUGAUCUAAACUGAUCUAAACAGCCGAGAGGGUCAGUAGGGAAGGAGACACUCUCCCAGAGAUUUGGGGCCUAAGUCCCAAGUCAUUCAAGGCUUUAAACACUAGCAUGAGCGCCUUCAGUUAGCCCUGGGUAUGAACUGGCAAGCAAUGGCAGUUUCCUGGUCUUCAUUUCUUAAUUCCACAUUUCCAUUUACGCCCAAGCGAAUGACCUCUCUGCUUCUUUUCUCCAGCAACGAAAGGUUGGAUGAAUGUAAGGAAGGAGGAGAAAUGUGCAGAAGCGGAUUUGAAGGAGGCAGAUCCAACUGGAACAUCUGCGGAGCCAGCGGAAGAGGAUGUUUCCCCGAAUCACAAGCAGGGAGGCCUCCCAGAAAGUCAGCUUGGGCAAAAGGAGCAGCAGGAAUCUUGUCUGGAGAGCAAUGAACAAACCUUGCUUUGUGGAGGAGACGACACAGAAAUCGCUGCCCAGCGACAAACCCGCCCUGGUAAGAGACAGGAUGAAGGGUUAGGGAACUACUGUUUUUUGUCAAAGCGACAUCCCCUCGAAGGGUGAUCUUUUGGGGGAUGAAGCCAGUGAUUUAUUCUACAAGGUGCAACUGGAAAGUUGGGUGAAUGGUCACAGAAAUCGGACGGCGAGAAAUAUUUGAACACACAGGCCUUAUAGGCCUUCAAAGUAAGCCGCCUUGGAUACAUUGCACCGCUGACAACGUUCGUAGAACUGUUGGAAACUUCUGGAUAAUAAUAAUAAUAAUAAUAAUAAUAAUAAACAAUUUAUUUAUAUCCCGCCUUCCCCAGCCGAAGCCGGGCUCAGAGCGGCUAACAACAGUAAAAACAACACAGUUUACAUAAAAUCACAAUCAAUUAAUUGAAAUGCAUUCUAAAAUCAAUUCAUUCUAAAAUUAAUGGCAACCAUUGGGCUAGAGUUCUAUGAGGAUUACAGAAGACCUGGUGCCUUGGCCAAAGGCCUGGUGGAACAGCUGGGUCUUGCAGGCCCUGCGGAAAAAUGUCAAGUCCCUCAGGGCCCUAGUCUCUUGGGACAGAGCGUUCCACCAGAUUGGGGCCAUAGCCGAAAAAGCCCUGGCUCUGGUUGAGGCCAGCCUAACCUCCCUGUGGCCCGGGAUCUCCAAGUCCUUUUUGUACUGCUUUCCAUUCCCUCGUCACAGCAGCUUGGACGUGUGAAAUGUUGGGAAAUCUGUGCCCUUUCAGAUUUCAGUUUUGGAAAAAGGAAGUAAUCCAAUGGGGCCAGAUUGGGAGAAUAUGGAGGGUGGGACAACUCAGGAACCUCAGUAACAAUUUCACGUGGAAUAUGCAAUUCUUCCGCCACCAUUCGGGUGGACAAACACCGAUCCCGUAUCAAUAUCCAGAUGGAGGGUCACUUCAAUAGUUUGCUGCCCUUCAUGGAAACCUUAAACCACUCAUACACCAUCUUUCGAGUUACAGCUUCAUCUCCGUACACAAUUGUGAACGUUUCGUGGGUUUCCGAUGCCAAUUGUAUGUUUGAAUAUUUCUCGCUGUCCGAUUUCUGUGACCAUUCACCCAACUUUCCAGUCACACCUUGUAUUUAAGAAAAUUUAGCUAGAGGUGGGCAAGGCCAGAGCCAGAACUGUUUAUGGAACUUCCCCUUUUUAUUUUAUUUCCCCCCCAUGCACUGGGUAAACAUCUUAAUCAAACUAUCCACUACAGCCCCAUGGUCUUGUUUAUGGUACAUCGUCGCCAGUUCAGACCCAGUAAGUGCAUAGAUAGACAGAUAUGAAAUUUGGAAUUUUUUUUUUGCCCCAACACGCACCACUUUACACUUUAGUAAAAAAUCACAGGUCACAAAGCCCAUCCUUGGGUAACUCUUUCAUAGAAUUGUACAGUUGGAGGGAUCCCCAAUUGUUAUCUAAUCCAGCCCCCUGCAUUGAUAAAUAAUGGCAGGAAAUGUUUCUUUCCUAGGUUAUUACACUGUAGUGUGUAUUUUUUUUUUGUAUUCUUGCAAUAGCUUUUCACUUUUCACCAAUUCAUGUAUGAUUUUUACUAAGUUUUCUAUUUUACAAUUUGAAAUAUUCAUUAAACAACCUUAAAAUUUGUUUACACUGUAGAAUUUACAGUCGUACCUUGGUUUUCGAACGGCUUAGUUGCCUAACAAAACGGCUUCCAAACGCCGCAAACCUGGAAGCAAGUGUUCCGGUUUGUGAACAUUUUUUGGAAGCCGAACUUCCGACGCAGCUUCUGCUUGAGUUCCGGAAACUCCUGCAGCCAAGCGGAAUUGGCGCCUUGGUUUUUAAACUGUUUUGGGAGUCGAAUGGACUUCUGGAAUAGAUUAAGUUCAAGAACCAAGGUACCACUGUAUUUUAAUGCUGCCAACAUUUUCAAGUGUAGAUAGUUUCCCCCAUAUAUUCAGUAAACAUUUCCCAAUCUUCUAUAAACGUAUGUUCUUCUUGCUCUCUUAUUCUAUAUGUUAGAUCCGCAAGCUACGCAUAUUCCAUCAGUUCUUCUUUAGCUGGGGCCUUUCUCCAGUUCGGACCCCGCGAGUCUUCCCCUGAGUGAAGACCAACAAAAUGACUUUGGGUGGUUUUUCCCACCAUCCCAACAGGUUAUGAUGACCAGUCGAGGGAGUGUGACGAGAAAUACGGGCGAUUGGACUGUCCAGAGGUCCGGCAGGACGACGAGCACCCAGGAACAGCAGCGGAGAGCGUCUCUCGGCCCAGACGCGAGAGGGCCCCGCUCCAAGAAGAGGCUUUCCGGUGCGGCGACUGCGGGAAGAGUUUCAACCGCAAGCAGAACCUCCUGAGGCACAAUCUGACCCACACCGGGGAGAAGCCUUUCAAGUGCGCCUACUGCCCCAAAAGCUUCGUCCAGGUCUCUGACCUGACGCGCCAUGAGAGGACCCACACGGGCGAGAAGCCGUUCGGCUGCUCCUUCUGCGAGAAGCGCUUCAACUGCAACUCCAACCUGCUCAUGCACGAACGCAUCCACACGGGCGAGAAGCCGUUCAUGUGCCUGUCGUGCGGGAAGACCUUUGUCCAGAUCUCUGACCUGACGCGCCACGAGCGGACCCACACGGGCGAGAGGCCGUACGGCUGCUCCUUCUGCGAGAAGCGCUUCAGCUGCAACUCGCACCUCCUGGUGCACCAGCGGAUCCACACGGGCGAGAAGAAGCCGCACCAGUGCGCCACCUGCGGCAAGAGGUUCAGCUACCAGUCAGUGCUGCUGGCGCACAUGACGGUCCACACGGGCGAGAAGCCCCACGCCUGCCCGCACUGUGGGAAGCGCUUCCAUUCCCGCCCGGGCCUCAUCCGACAUAAGAAGAGCCACGCGGGAGAGAAGCUGGCGCACAAGUGCUCCCUUUGCGCGGAGAGCUUUGGCCAGCGGCAGCAGCUCAUGCUCCACGAGCGGACAGCGCAUGCGGGGGCCAAGCGAUACCAUUGCUCGGCCUGUGGGAAGAGCUUCAACACUCACACCACCCUGGCUAGGCAUGAAAGGAUUCACAAGGGGGGAGCCACAUAAUGAUAAUGAUAAUAAUAAUAAUAAUAAUAAUAAUAAAUAAAUUUUAUUUAUACCCCACCCUCCCUAGCCUAGGCCGGGCUCAGGGCGGCUAACAACCAAUAAUAAAAGAAGUUGAAUGAAUACAACUUAAAAACAAGAUUAAAAGUAAGCCCAGGGGUAGCCCUAAAUAUCGGGGAGACCACCUCCUUCCCUACAGACUCUCUGGAGUGUUAAAAUGGGCAGAGGGGUCCCUGCUCUGGGAAGCCCCUCUGCCGUCAGACGUUUGGUGGGUGGCAGCCUGAGACAGGGCCUUUGCAGCAGCAGCCCCUAAACUGUGGAAUUCCCUCCUCACAUCUGGCAUCUUUGUUGUGCAGAUUUCAUCAUCGGCCAGAGGCGCAACAUCCAGUCUGUUCUAUAGGUAUAUCGUUUAAAGCUGAUUUUAACCUUGUAUUUUUAUAUGGUUGGAUCCCACCCUUGUGGCGAAGGGCAAGUGAGAAACCAAACAGGUAAAUAACUGUGAUAAUGUAUUUUGCACGCAUGUGUGCUAUUGUGAACCUGUACUUGUUUUUUCCCCUCCUAAAUGAAUAUUUCCUAGAGUAAAAAAAAAAUACAUUCGCCUUGGGAAUUUUGUUUGUAUUCAUUGCUCAUUUUCAUUUUUUCUCUUUGACAUACACACACACUCUUGCGAACCACCCUAAGACUUGUGGAUAUAGGGCAGUACAGGCGUACCUUGGAUCCCGAACACCUUGGUACUCGGACGUUUUGGCUCCCAGGCGCCCCAAACCCGGAAGUGACUGUUCCGGUUUUCGAACAUUCUUUUGGAAGCCUGAUGGGGCUUCCACGGCUUCCAAUUGGCUUCAAGAGCUUCCUGCAGCCAAUCAAAACCCGCACUUCGGUUUCCGAACAUUUUGGAAGUUGAACGGACUUCCGGAAUGGAUUCCGUUCGACUUCCGAGGUACGGCUAUACAGUGGUACCUCGGGUUAAGUACUUAAUUCGUUCCGGAGGUCUGUUCUUAAACUGAAACUGUUCUUAACCUGAAGCACCACUUUAGCUAAUGAGGCCUCCCGCUGCCGCCAAGCCGCCGGAGCAUGAUUUCUGUUCUCAUCCUGAAGCAAAGUUCUUAACCCGAGGUACUAUUUCUGGGUUAGCGGAG